AUGGGCCCCUGUACCGCCUCCUCAUGCUGCUGCCAGGCCCGUAAUCUGCCAUGGGCCCCAGUACCGCCUCCUCAUGCUGCUGCCAGGCCCCUAAUCUGCCAUGGGCCCCUGUACCGCCUCCUCAUGCUGCUGCCAGGUCCACAGUGUCUCAUGGGUCCCUGUACGGCCUCCCAUUGCUGCUGUCUCCAUCGCCACACUCUGCCAUGUGCCACUUUCAGGUCUCCUCACACUGCUGGUGUGUUCCAUUUUUUGUCAUAGGGUGCUGGCAGAUUACGGGCCUCCCAUAGCUGCUGCCAGGCCCCUUAUCUGCCAUGGGCCCCUGUACCGCCUCCUCAUGCUGCUGCCAGGUCCAGAGUCUCUCAUGGGUCCCUGUACGGCCCCUCCCAUUGCUGCUGUCUCCUUCGCCACACUCUGCCAUUUGCCACUUUCAGGUCUCCUCACACACUGCUGGUGUGUUCCAUUUUUUGUCAUAGGGUGC